AUGCCCGAUGAUGUCUUGAUUUUUGCGAAGCGGAAGGAACUUAUCGAGAAGAAGAUUUUCGGCAAUUUUUCAAUAUUGACAGCGUACUUACGUUUUCUGGUUAUGCCAUCGAGAUUAAGGUCAAGAACCGCUGAUUCCGAAAAACGAGCAUCUUACCUCAACCCUAGCAAAACGAGCAAAAUCACGCUCUUGUUACAAAGUCUCGAAGACGAGUACAGCGGCCUAAAGUCAGUGGUAGAACUCUGUAAGGAGACCGCUGGGCCAAAUCAACCUCCCUCAGAGGAGCAAGCACUUCGCGUCUACUGCGAACAAAGAAGGUGUGAGCUGCAAAUUGCGCUUGACAACGUUGAGAAAAAGCUUACCGCGCUGAAGGAAGUCUAUCAAUCUAUCAUGCAGACCUACAAAGAGGCAACUAAGCCUGAGAAAAAGGAAAUGCUCUCAGAGAUGGAAGAGUUGAAGCAAAAAGCAAACUUUCGCGUUCUCAUGCAAGACGGAGAAUGCAUGUCUUGUGAAGAUGAUGAAUAUGAAGACCUUGAUCCAUGCAGCCUACUAUCAAACGCUGAUCAAAAACGUUCAGCACAGAAUCCAACAACCUAUCACACUAGUGCAGAGCAACAUCUUGAGCUGUCGCCAGCACUCAGAGUGAAGUACCCACAACUCAAGCUGCCCCAUUUCGAUGGUCAAAACGAAUCUUGGGAGGAGUUCUGGGGUACGUUCUCCCUAAUAAUUGAUCAGAAUUCGCAGCUGAAUGACCUCGAGAAAAUACUCUACCUAAAGGACUCAAUCAGAGGAAAGGCUCAGCAGGCAAUAAGGAGUAUACCUAUGCGUAGCUUCAACUACAGACUUAUUGUCGAUGUACUGCAGAAAAAGUACGGUAACAAAGGAAACAACGGGUCGAAGAUAGUGCAAAGGCUCAUGAACAUACCUCAAGCAACUUCAAGAGCAGCUAGCUGCGUAGCAACCCUGGAUCAGGUGAAAGACCUUGUUUUCCAAAUGAUAGCCACUGGCUAUGACAUUCGGAAAAAGCAUGACCCUCUAUGGAUUGACACAAUUCUAGCAAAAUUUUCGUACGAAAUCAUCAAAGACUGUAUGAAGACAAUCACAAGUGGAUCAAGACUAACCGUGGGCACUUUGUUGGAAGAACUUCAAGAUAAUGUCUCCUCUAGAGCCUUAUUCGAAAAUCGAUACUCUUCGCUCACGUCGUCACAUCGACGUGUGGACACCUCAGAGCAGCUUACGCGCGCAAAUGUGAGCAGAACUGUAAAUUGCAUAUUUUGUCAGCGAACAAACCACCAAAGCGAGAACUGCCGCGCAGUAAGAUUACCACUUGAUCGCAGGCAAGCGCUGAGAGGACAACAGGUGUGUUGGAAGUGCUUCUCAAAAGAACGCAGAAGUCGAGAUUGCACGCGACAAAACUGUUCCAAUUGUAAUCGGGAUCAUCAUACUACGCUCUGCACCAUGGACACCGACAGGCGAACGCCCGUAACACCUGAGGAAGUGUCCAGGUCGAAGGAACAGCUGAGUGAUCACGCAAACAGCCAGGAAAAAGAGAAACGGCAUAAAAACAAUUACCGUAAUCAAUCCAGCAGCAUGGUUGCGAGCGAAGGACAGCCAGCUGCAGAGCAAAGAAACGAGUCACAGUCCCUGAUAAGUUCUUCCAAUCUAGCCAAAGAAGAUAGCCAUCAGAAACAGCUGGUCCUCAUGACGGUAGAGGCACAAGUGAAAAACAAUAAGACGGGCGCCUACGAAAACGUUCUUCUCUUUCUAGAUUCGGGGGCUCAAUGCAAUUUGAUAGAAGCGACCCUGGCCGACAACCUUGCACUCGUGCACAGCGAGCCAUAUCAAUGCACGAUGUAUGGUAUCGGAGGUAUCGAGGAAACGUAUAUAGCACAAAAGGUGACCGCAGAGUUCAGAACAAGAUUUGGUGAGAGUGUAUCUCUGACUCUCGGUACCAAGCCAGUAUUGACAAAAGCGUUUCCGUCAGCCGCUCUUACAUGUUCCGAUGUGCAGUUUCUCAAGAGAAACAAUAUAUUCCUCUCCAACACGGCAACAAACGGAGAACUGAUCAAACCCCAUAUUUUGAUAGGGGUCGAGGCAUACGAGAACAUUGUAAUGCUAGACUCACCUCCGACAAAGCUGCCAUCCGGUCUUUUGGCUCAAAACACAGUGUUCGGGCCUGCCUUGUUCGGAAAAUCCGACACAGUCGGGCAGACACUCCUAGCUGAACAUGUAGUGGUAGCUUGCCCCGAAACACUUGCUGAUGUCAAGCAAGAGCUCCGACAAAUGUACGAGUUGGAGGGUAUGGGGAUUUCCACAGAUGAGUACAGAAAAGAUGACACAGCGUACGACUACCUGGAUAGCUACGCAAAGCGAAUCAUGAUCGAAGACGGAAGAAUUGUCGCGCCCCUUCCAUUGAAGGAUAACGUUGUCGAGUUGGACAGCAACUUCAAAGUCGCAGUCUCAAGACUGCGUUCUCUCUUCAAGUUUCAUGUCAGUCAUCCAGAACAAAGGACAUGGUACAUAAAAAUUCUUGACGAAUACAAGAGCAACGACGUAAUCGAGGAAGUCCCAUCCCCAGAGCAAAGCUCUCUUGACAACAUCACAUACUAUAUUCCGCACACAGGAGUGUGGAGAAGCGAAAAACCCACACCCUUGCGAAUCGUAUUUGAUGCCUCGUCGAAAUCAAGUGGAAAACCCCCACUGAAUGACGUAGUGCAUACAGGGGAAAGCUUCGUCAAUAAGAUUCAAGACAUACUCAUGACAUGCCGCUGGUGUAGCAUCCUCGUUGCUGGGGAUAUCCAGGCAGCAUUCACACAAAUAAGGAUCAUUCCUGAACACCGCGACCUUCUACGGUUUGUAUGGCUGACGGACCCAGACAAGCCUCCUACCCACGACAACAUCGCACACUACCGUUUCAUACCUCUUCCGUUUGGAAUAAGAUCUUCACCAAGCGUUCUAAACAUGUCACUAACAGCAUUUCUCACGAACAGCGAUCUGCCACUAGCCAAGGAAAUUCUAGACAACAUUUACGUUGACAACGUUUUCCUCAAUGCUAGCACAAUACAGGAAGCUCUAGCCAAGAUUGAGAGCUCCAGAGCAUUGUUCGCCAACAUUGGCAUGAAUCUAAGAGAGUUCAGUAGCAACUCGACAGAAGUGAAUGCCGGCAUACCUCAACAAGCCAGGUGUAUGGCAAAGCCCAACAAACUGUUAGAUGUAAAAUACGACACCAUCACUGACCGCCUAUCCCUUACGAUUCCAUUUUUGCCCAAAAGGCACAUGACAAAACGAAAGCUUGUAAGUGAGGUAUAUAAAUUGUACGACCUCCUUGGCCUUGCUGCACCGUUAUCGCUCAGAGCAAGAAUGCUAAUGAGAGACGCUGUGAUGCUGAAAGCAGGCUGGAACAAGCCACUCGAUCCUGAAUUCUUGCACGAAUGGAACGAAUUGUGCUUGGACAUCUCAGGUACCGUCGUCACGAUCCCACGCAGUAUUGGUAGCAACAGCAAAGACACUGGGAAUGCUACACUCUGGGUUUUCGAAGACGCAAGUCAGGUGGUCAUAUCAUGCUGCAGUUACGUAUCCCAUCCGCCGGAAAAUGACACGAAAGGCUUGUUGUGCGCCAAAACAAUGCUUUCGUGUCAUUUUCUCGUGUCGUUCUUCUUGCUCGUUCCACAACAGAGGCAACUUCCUAUUCCAAGACUGGAACUUUUAGCUAUCCUGAUAUCUGUACGCCUAGCAAAGACCAUAGUCACAAAAUACCGUCAUCGUUUAAAAUACGUCCACAUAGUAAGCGACAGCAAAAUUGCUCUCGCAUGGAGGCAGUCUUCACGCAAACUUCCUCUAUUUGUAGAAAAUCAGGGUUCAAUCAAGGCUGAAAAUGCUGCCUUCCCACGUGACACCAAACAACCCAUCUACAUUCCCAACGAUUCUGAAAAAGAACAAGGUCUACCCUUCGCGAAACCGGACAUGGCCCCAUUACCUGGAGACCGGAGCGUUAUUUCGAAGACAUUCCAAAAUGUGGGCUGUGACUAUCUAGGCCCAUUUACAACCGACGCCGACGAUGAUCCCACCUACAAUGAUGCUACAAUAGAUACUGUCGAACAGGCGAAAGAAGCACUUAAAUUUGCAGAGGAGGUUGCGAACUCCUUCUGGAACAGAUGGCACAAUGAGUACCUAACCGAGUUGCGGGACGCGCACAAAGCUGUGCAUAAACAGCAGAAAAAUACAUCGCGCUCGCAGCCAGAGAUAGGAGAAAUCGUGCUCAUACAGCAAGAUGGAAUUGUAACUAGAAGUAAUUGGCCUUUUGGCCGAGUCGUCGAAUUUGUCAAAAGUUCAGAUGGACUGAUCCGGACAGCUAAAGUCCUUACUUCAUCAGGUAAAACUAUCCAGCGACCUAUUUCGAAACUUACUCCUCUCGAAAUAAGCAGCAAGAUAUAUGAGAAUGAUGGCAACAAAAGAUCCACAGGCCAAAAACAGCAGCAGCUGCCGACAAGAAUUCUUCCUCCCAGAAAGGCGAAGCAAAACAAAAAGUACCAUGACGAAUUUCCCAAUGAAGAGGAGCUCUCACAUUCUCACAUAGUAGCUACCUCAAAUACCAUAGCGACGAGAUUCCUAUACCCACUUCUCGUUCUGGCUUUGGCCCACACGAGCAACGCAUCGCACAUACUAUGUGCAGAAGGGAAAGUCUCGGUGAAACCACCUUCUGAUACAUACACACUCUGCCUCAAUGAUGCCUGCCGUAACCGAACCGUCAAUGACACCAGUACAUUUGUACUACCCCCAUCAGCUCACCAUAGUCAUGUGAACGUGACACUUCACAGUCAUGCUGAAGCCAGUGGACGGCAAGGCAAAAUGUGCCGGCGUAGCAAGUUCUGUGACGACAAAACGAUAUUCACUUUGUCGUUGCUAGGGAAUCCUCAUUGCUGGCCCUUUGGAGCCAUUUUCACAGCAGUCUGCAUUGUAGCGACAGCAAUACUUCUCGUGGUAUUGUGCUCCAUGGUCGUGAAGAAAAUAGUACCGAAGUGCAGCACCCAUCCCAUAACGAAAUUGCGCAACCAGAGUCCAGCGGUUCGCACUCAUGUGGACAUGCGACCAUCAAAGUUCGUUGUGGUUGCGCUACUUGCUCUAACAACAGUGCCCUCAGAAACUCACGCUUGUCAACACCCCCAUACGCGUCACAGCACGGAGCUUGUUUGUAACGAUUCAAAUAUGUGCACGAUCGAGUAUGAGCGAGAAUUUCUAUUCAAUAAGCUUCACAGAGAGGUAUGCGUGUAUCUAAAAUACCGAAAUCAAACCAUCGGGAACCUUGAAAUAAGUCUGGAGAGGACACGUCAUAAGUGCAACAAAGAAACGCUCUUCUCAAGAGACACGUCGCCAAGAGUAUUUUCUAAAAAACGAUGCCCUUUCAUGGGCUCCUGUCUUGGGGACACGUGUUUCAAUCUUCGAGCAAAUGAUAGCGUUCCCGAACUGCGUGAAGCAGAAGUAUAUCCCGGCUACUCUAAAUGCAGCGAGACAUGUGGAGGUAUCAUAUGUGGAUGCCUAGGUCUUCCGCUUGCAGGAUGUCUGUUUUAUCGAGUUGCUCACAUGCCUCUCGAUAACGUUGUAUACCAAAUAUACAGGUGUCCUUCAUGGAGCCCCGAGGUUCACUUGAGAGUUCGACCCACAUCCGCUGGCAAAGAAACAUCUCAAUCUGUUCAACUCUAUCCUUACGUCCAGCAGAAUGUGACUGGAUGGAACAUGGGAGUUUUCUCUCUGCAGUACCUCUUUGCGGCUGCCGCCAACAGAAGGUUUGCAGAAUCGCUGAAAACUCACAUGAUUCUAGACGAUAGGUUCAAAGUGGCAGUCGAAUGCCCUAGCGCAGACGCUGCUUUGCGGAGAUUCAACUCAUGUAGAAACAGAAUCAUGUGCGCAUGUUCAACGAAUUCGAAUGCAGCCCGAUGUCUAUGCCCUCAACACACUUUCAGAGCAAUGCGAAAUUCUACUGCGGUUCUACCGCUCUCCACAGUGCACUACAAUAUUUCAGCAGCAGACACAGUUUCGAUCGACUCCCAUGAAGCAGAAGUAACGGUGGCAAUUACUUCCCGAAAAGAAAUUCAAAUGAUUUGA